AUGCGCCGGCCAAGAAAUGUUUUUGUACGCUUCUCGAAUGAAGAAGAUUUCCUGAAAGCUUUAUCAAGGGAAAGCUGUGAUAUUGAAGGGGCUGCAUACCGGGCAUUUCAUUGGACAGUGGAGUUCCAAGAAGAUGAGGAACCUGUGCAGGUGCUAGUGUGGCUUAUGCUACCUGGCCUUCCACCAAAUCUUUAUCAAGAAUCAUACCUCAGGAAUAUAGUGGCUCCGAUAGGUACAUUUUUACGUAGGGAUAAUGCAACGAGGUGUGCAACAAGAACUGAUGGUGCGCGAGUUUGUGUCCUUAUGAAUAUUGAUCAAGAGCCAAUAUCUUCCUUUUGGAUUGGAACGCCAAGACAGCCUGCAAGUAUAUUCCAAGAAGUUGAAUAUGAAACUCUGCCAGCCUUUUGUUCUUGCUGUAAAGUGCAGGGACAUAAUCUGAAAACAUGUAAGACUAAGUUCAAGGAACGGAAAGACUACAAGAACUUGAGGAAUAUUAAAUCUAACCGAGUUUGGGUUCCUAAGGAGAAGGAGGAUGCGGUUAAUACGGCAAAAGAUUCAUGA